CAAAUACAAAUGGGAAAUCCAUAAUUUUACAGUGAGGAUUCGAGGAAAUGGUCCGGGAAACCUCGAGUUAGUAACAGAAAACGAAUUUUCCGCGUAGUUUUCGCGAACGAACUGAUAACCCGGUCAAAAGGCGGUGCUUUACGCCGCCUUAGAAUUCGUGGUCCCCGAAGAGGUGCAAGAGAAAAUCGAGAUCAUCCGAUUUUCGCCAGUUGUCAUUCACUUUGCAUUGUAUUUCCAUCGCUCGUUUUCUAUUAAUUCGCAACGUCCUUAUGUAGGUUUCGAAGUGAAAAACAGUUCGAUUGUGGCGUGGAUCAGAUCGUUCCGCGAACGUGGGCUAUUCAAACGAGUGCGUCGGGUGCCAUGUUUACGGGGACCGUUCGUAUAAAAUUAUGCGAGGCCAAGCGCCUAAGACCGACGGACUGCUCCAUGCGCUACACGUUCGGGAAGCCCGACGAACAGCUCCUGGAUCCGUACGUAACAAUCGACGUGGACGACACCCAUGUGGCCCAAUCCACCAGCAAGCAGAAGACGUUCGAUCCCGUUUGGAACGAAUACUUCGAGCACCAGGUGAAAGACGCCAAGGCGCUGACCCUGACGGUGUUCCAUGACGCUGCUAUUCCUCCUGACGUCUUCGUCGCGAACGUCUGCAUUCCAUUCGAGGAUCUGUUGACUAGGGAAAAGGACGAGUCCGAUUUUUGGGUUGAUCUAGAACCCAAAGGACGACUGCACAUUAGAAUAGAUCUAAGAAUGACAUCGAACGACUAUGGGGGCAAACCUAGGGAAUUCAAAGAACGCCAAGGAUUUAAUAGAAGACGAGGGGCGAUGCGAAGGAGAGUUCAUCAAGUUAACGGCCACAAAUUUAUGGCUACUUUCUUACGACAACCAACAUUUUGUUCACAUUGUCGGGAUUUUAUUUGGGGUUUGGGCAAGCAAGGCUAUCAAUGUCAAGUUUGCACCUGUGUCGUUCACAAACGAUGUCAUCAUGCAGUCGUUACGAAAUGUCCCGGAAUGCAAGAUGAGUCUAAUCAACACCAGAGUACGGGUUUCAACGUAAACGUACCACAUCGAUUUGUAGUACACAACUACAAACGGUUUACAUUCUGUGAUCAUUGUGGAUCGCUGUUAUACGGACUGAUUAGGCAAGGGCUCCAAUGCGAGGCCUGUUGUAUAAAUGUGCACAAACGUUGUCAAAAAAAUGUCGCCAAUAAUUGCGGUAUCAAUCCAAAGCAAAUGGCUGAGAUCCUCACACAAAUCGGCGUUUCACCGGAUAAAACGCCCAAACGAAAAACCCUAACAAUAUCUGGCGGCAACGGCGGUCAACAGGACGCCGAAAAUACAUCCGGAAGCGAUCCGACCGGUGAAGAUUUAUCAAAGACCAUGGAAGAAAAAUUAACUAAUAAUGACGAAGGUGGCGCCACCAAGAAAACCAUCGGUCUGAACGAUUUCCUGUUCGUGAAGGUGCUGGGCAAAGGGAGCUUCGGCAAGGUGAUGCUGGCCGAGAAGAAGAACACCGACGAAGUGUACGCCGUGAAAGUAUUGAAAAAGGACGUCAUAAUCCAAGACGACGACGUCGAUUGCACGAUGACGGAGAAACGGAUCUUGGCGCUGGCCGCCAACCAUCCCUUCCUCACGGCGUUGCACUCGUGUUUCCAGACCAACGAGCGCCUGUUCUUCGUCAUGGAGUACGUCAACGGCGGCGAUUUGAUGUUUCAGAUACAACGUGCCAAAAAAUUCGACGAGCCGCGCGCGCGCUUCUACGCCGCCGAGGUGACGUUGGCGUUGCAGUUUUUGCACAAGCACGGCGUCAUCUACAGGGAUCUCAAAUUGGAUAAUAUCCUGUUGGACGCCGAGGGGCAUUGCAAAUUGGCCGAUUUCGGUAUGUGCAAAGAAGGCAUCGUCGACGGUGUGACGACUUCGACCUUUUGCGGCACGCCCGAUUAUAUCGCUCCCGAAAUAUUGCAGGAACUGGAAUACGGAGCGAGCGUGGACUGGUGGGCGUUAGGGGUGCUGAUGUACGAAAUGAUGGCCGGCCAGCCGCCGUUCGAGGCCGAUAACGAGGACGAUUUGUUCGAAUCGAUUUUGCACGACGACGUGCUGUAUCCGGUGUGGCUGAGCAAGGAGGCCGUUAGCAUAUUGAAGGGUUUCAUGACGAAGAAUCCGAGCCGGCGAUUGGGGUGCGUGGUGGCGCACGGCGGCGAGGCGGCCAUUCAGGCGCAUGCGUUCUUCAAGGAAAUCGACUGGACGGCGUUAGAACAGAGGAGAGUCAAGCCGCCUUUUAGACCGAGAAUAAAAGGCAGAAAAGACGUGACGAACUUCGACGCCGAAUUUACAAGAGAAGAACCAAUUUUAUCGCCCAUCAGUAACGAGGUGUUGCAAUCCAUAAAUCAGGAAGAGUUUAGAGGUUUCACGAUUCUCAAUAGGGAUUUCAAUCCAUCGCGAUUCGUAGCCGAGUAGAUUUUAAAAUCGUCCGGGUUUUAAUUAUUAUAAUUAUCAUGGUAUUUUCACAACUUCGUUUCGGAAACCGACUCGAACAAAACUUAAGGCUAAAUUUUAAAUUAUUUAGUUACGAGAACCCGUUUCAAAUUAUUUACGCUCGCCUUAAGUACUGGUAUACAGGGUGUCCCGCAAUUACACACUAACUAUAUGGAAGAUUUUUUGAGUUAUUUUAAUGCAAGUUUUUGUGCAAUUAGGCUAUCGAAUCUGUUUAUUUUUAUUGUCAUAUUUUUAUUUUUCUACAACAGUUGUAAAAUGGUUUAAAAAAGUACUAUUCGUAACCUACCUUAGGGACGUCCUGUAUAUGUGAAAGUUGUUAAUUUAUUGGUCAAUUCGAAGGCGAUUUUAUUCUUCGGUGCAAUAAAAAUAUUAGUCGAUAAAUGAUCGAGUAGAAUUGACCCGUUUAAUUCUUUAGCGAAUUAGUAAAUUUCUUUCUCAGCUUAAGAUUGUGAUUUUCGCACAAAUGUAAAAUUAAAAGUUAUAUUUUUGAAUCGCUGAAACGCUCAUUAAUUUAUUAAUAUUUUACGUGUAAAAAUCAGUAUUUUAUUUGUAUAUAAAAGUUCAAUAUGGUCAUGAUUAAAUCCAAAGCCAAAUAAAAACAUGUGAAAUUUAAUAGUCGAUAAUAUUCUGUAAAUACGGUUAUACAAAAUGAUUUCUCGGUUAAUUUCAUUGCUUAUUCAAUCUAAUUGUAAAAAAAUAGAUGUGAUCUGUAUUGAACUUAUCGGUACAUUAUUUACACCAACUGUAAACGUUGGCACGUUAAAUACUUAAAAGCAUUUAAGGUUCAUAAAUUACGUUUCAUUAGUAUUACCUCAGUACGUUAAUUAUUAUUAUUAAAGAAAGCGAGUAUUUUUGUAAAACAUUUCCGUUCGAAUUUCGAAGCGUGCUACGUAAAACGUUUUGGUUGGUAAAACGUACAUUUUAGAUCUAACUACAUUUGUUCUGUUGCUGUGAUUUCUAAUAUAAACAAUUUUUAAACAAAUAGAUAUGAAAUCACCGGUUAAUCUAGUCAAGUCAUUAUGGCCUACGUAUACACAUAAAUGUGACAUUACGCGUGUGUAUGUCAUUGUAGUUAAUGCAGUUCUAGUAAAAUUGUUAAUUUGACAAAUUUAAUCAACGGAAUCCUAAAUCAACGACAACUGAUCUACACAACUAUUUUUGUUCUAUCGCAGAAUUUACGCAAUAAAGACGUUGUUUUAGGAUUCGGGUUACUUUGAGCCUUAAGGACCUUUAAACUCUAGGCUGCAUUACAUUUAUAUUACAUUAGGGUAAAUACCAUCAAACUAAAUUUAUUGCCCACAAAACUGCAAACUAGUCAUUAUUAGAUGUUCCAUCACCCCGAUUUUGCACGUUUUUGAUUCACACUUUAAUAAUUUCUAUUCGAUAUUCAUUUUUGUCAUUUACUAAAUUUUAUUAUGCUAGUAUUAACUGUUGUUGCCUACAUUCUUUUAUGACUUGUGUGUUUAUUUAUUCUAAUUACACAAGUUAUUUAUGAAUUUUUUUCCUGAUUAUAAACCUUUUUAUUUUGCCUCUUGAAGUAAUUUCAGUUUUGAAUGCGUCUCAUUCGAGACAGCUCUAAUGGGAAAAUGACCUAGAAAUGUCAUUAAAAUAAUCGUUUUGUAUAAUUAGUAAAUGUUAUUUUAGUUUAAUGCAAAGAAAUAUCGAAAUAUAGUAUAGAAACUAAAAAACUAUAUUUGAGGUCAAUUUCCCAUUUGAAAAAAUGAAUAUGAGGAAUUGAAAAAUCAUUCUAAACGACGAUUGGACUUGAUAAAAAAAAUUGAUUCUGCAUUUGGUAUUGAAGCGUAAUGUAGUUUAAUGGUAUUGAAAUAGAAUCGUUUCCUUUCUAGGUAUAAUACUAAUCGUUUUAUAGUUAUGUUGUGAUAACGUGAACAAAUUUUUAUGUGAAACGGUUGAAAAUUCAUUGUGACAUAACUUAGGAAUUGUGCAUAUACAUAUAAAGCUUAAUAUUGUUGAUUUUACCAAAGAAUUUAUUUAUUAUUUUAAUGUGUCAAAUGAACAACUCGACUUGUUAUGAUGUUACUUACUAGUUAAUAUUUUUAUUUCAUUACUUAUUUGUUUUCUAUGUGGCUUUUAGGAAAAAUACUAACUGGGUAUAACAUUGAGUUGUUGCAUGUGUUUUUAUAUAUAGUAUAAAAUUUAUAUUGAGUGUUUUGAUUAAGAGAUAUUUUGCGAGUGUUUAGGAAAUUUACAGAUACCUAAAGCUUGCCUAAGUUAUAAAUAGUAGAUGAGUACAUUACAAGUUAUAGCUGAAUUUAAUUCCUACACUUUAUUGUUAAUUAUUGUAGCUCCUAAACACGAUGCGAGUUGAUGGGAUGAAUGUGAUAAUAUGUGGACGGAAGUUAAGUAUUAUUUUUUGUUAUAUGUUUAAAUAUGUUAAUUUUAUUUAUUUUGUACUUUUAAAAAAUCUGCCAGAUUCUGUAAAUCGACAUUCAAAUACAUUUCAAAGAAAUGUAUAUAUUGUUAAAAUUAUGUAAUGUUUUAGAUAUUUAUUAAUGUGAGCUUAGAGUAGUGAAAAUAUGAGAAAAAGAUAAAUAACCUGCUACAAUUAGUAAAUGUUUAGAUCUAUGUAUCACAGGUCUAUGUUAGAACUAGGCUGUUAAAAAUCCAACAGAUCAGAGAUACAAAUUAUCACCUAAUUACUACAAAGUAGUUUAUUAUUUGUCGCUUUGCUUUAUAACAAAAAUUUUAUGUAAAAUUGUUCACUAUUAGAAUCAUUCUGUUCGAUAUUCUUAAGGUUCUGUUAUAUUUGUAGUAAGAUGGAGUAGUUUUCAUUUAGAAAUUAUAUCCCGUUUCAAAGUGAAGAUUGAUAGAUAAAAGUUGUUUUCGUUCGGCUUAUACAGUGUUGUGCCAAACCAUAUCCCAUUUCUGCUGGUCGUUUGCACAGGAUUAUUUCAGAACUCACUCGAAUAUUUUAUUGUUUAAAUUCAUAUUGUAGUAUCAAUGUGUUGUACUCUGAUGUACCUAUUUCUCUGAUGAUGUACUAAAAUAUAAAUAA